CAUGCAUCGCAUUCCUCCCUUCUUCCAUGUACAUACUCCCGUUUCGCAGUUGCGCAAUUGAUUCCUUGCGUUGAAGCGCUUUCUUGCAUCCACCCGUUGCCCGCGCCACUGCCUCCUUUCCCAUCACUCCUCCCCAUACUCCGCCGCUGCCCCUGCCUGUCUAUUUUAGGAAGCCCUCGCAUCUCAUACAGUACACCAUUGCCGUCGUGUCGAAGUAGUCUUGUCCAAACGGUGCAUCCCCUCUAUUCGUCCGGACGCCGUGAACCCUCCUGUGACCCUGGUCCCAGCCUUUGCCAGCAUCCACUCCACUCUUUGCGCGCCAUCGGGUCUUGGCUAAGAGCUAUAUGAAGCAUCUUUAAAAAAACAUCCAUAUGAAGCAUCUAUAUAAUGGAGAACCGCAGGAAUAGUGGAUCUUACGCGUCGCGCAUAGCAAAUCCUCCCCCCCAGCCCGUCCCCGAAGGCUAUCCGCAAAAGCGAAACUCAUACCGACGACCUUCUGACCUGCAGCCCACGCGCGCACAGAACGAUCUCCCCGCUCCCUCCAAUGCCGUAGCCAGUAACACGGCGCGACCCGUAGUGGCUACCUUUGGCCAAAAUGGAGUGGCUCGAGUCUCGUCCCAUCGACGGCGACAGAGCCAGCACAUACCCCCCCCAACUUCAGGCGCUGUACCUGAACCUCUCCCUGCCGCGCCUGAUGCCCCCCGAGGACCCCCUCCUACAGCAUACCGAGACCCGUAUGCUCCCAAGGGAAGCGCUCGAUCCCACGUGCCUACUAGGACCUACUCCGGGCGGUCUCGAGAUCCCACCAUUCACCUCAACGCAAGCAGACAACAGCCCAACAUUCAGCUUCCGUCGCAAAGGCUGCAAGAGCUUCGUGGCCCCCCAUUUUCUCCCACCGAGCCAAUGUCGGCCACGGUUGAAGGGGUCGCGAGAAGAGACUCGCAGGCGCGCAGACCUUCCGUUCCAGACCGGUCGCCACUGCAGAAGUUGGAGGGGAAGCUGGACGACAUCAGCAAAGAGGAGAGACGCGCCAGAAUGCUGGAGGCAGAACUUGCCGCCCAGGAAAAGGCCGAGGCUGAAAGUGCGGCUCGAAGAGUUCGUGAAGCCGCAGCGAAGCAGCAGCGGAAUGUGUCAGGGCCCGUUCAAGGAUCGGAAAGGACCAGGCAUGCGCCUGCCCGUACGGUGAGUACCAGACGUCAUGCAUCGAUGCCAACGCAAGGCCCGCCCAAAUCGCCAGAACUGGAUGAUGGACCCGCCAUGUACGACUUGACUGAACCAUGGGAUCCUACGGCACCCCGAUCCACAGCUCCUCCACAACCUCGAGAUCUACGUUAUCAUUCUAGUGUCGCCUCAUCCGGAUCUCAACGCCAGAAUAAGAGAUUGUCUCACGUGGACGGAACCGUCGGUCGCACGCCAAGCACAAAAGGCAAAGAGCCCGUUGGGGUCAAUCGAGGAUCGAGUUUCCGCGACCCUACUGCCGCCACCCGAGGGUUAGAUGGGCCCGGCCCUAACGCCCAACUGGUUGAGAGGAAGCCAGUCCCAGUACCCACUGGACUGGGCCUGUAUGGGAUGAAUGAUGGCCCGAAUGCGUCUAGGCCAUCAGGUGCUGGAAUUGGACGCCAUGAUAGCCAAAGACUGUCAAAGGAGCUUCCUCCAACCCCGCAUGGCUCCUUGGGUGGGACGGAAAGGCGAAGGGACAGUAGGGGCAUCAUGGCAGCACAAAUGGAGAUGGAGCAACAACGACUCGAGCAGAAACAAGGGACAAGAGGAGUCAGUUCUCCACAGCCACUGGGUGCACCAGUGCCAAAUGCGCCACCAAUUACCUCUGCUGCAACACGUGGUACCCGCGUUGGUUUCGCGCCUUCAGUGCCAGAACCACACCCGCAGGACUCACAGGAAUCCCAUCAUCAUCAUCUAUCCGAUCUCCUCGGACACCAAAAAGAGCCCGAUAGAAGAUAUAUCGCACCCCCAAUGCUUGACGAAUGGAAAAAUGCCCCUGUCGCGACCCUUUCUGAGGAGGACCUUGAUCUGGAUGCUCCAGACCGGUUGGACAGCACGAAGAAAGCCUGGUGGGAGGAGAGUUCCUUGACACAUCGGCGAAGAUCCAGUGCCUAUGCUCAAGGGAUAACUACCUAUGAUGGCUACGUUGAUGAGCCAUCCGGCCAAACAUCGUUCAACCCCCCAUUGUACCUCAAGUGUGGACCUCUUCUGCGCUACACUGGCAUCCGCAGAGACAGAAGCAGAGGGGCAAAGGAACGAGAGAUCUGGAGAGGGAGCAUUAUGAUCGUGACCGAGGAUCCGAAAUCGUCGUAUGAAAAACCGCCUACCCUCCGGUUAUUCAAACAGCCCAUGGACCUACUACCUCCACCUCCAGCCGAAGUAGAUGCGGACGAACAACAUCUCAACCCAGCAUAUGUUGACCCGAUUGAAGGAGAAAUAAAGGUAUCUCGUUCUGGGAAGACGCUGUACGUAAAGCCUAUCGAGGAAAUUGUUGAAGGAGAGGAUUUGUCCAUGGUCGAAGACGACAGCGGUCUGUUCCAAGAGUCAAGGAUCACGUCCGAUCUCCAUGCACCCAAUUCUCGAAAGACUUCCCGGAUCCGUAGGAAGGAUGGAGAAAAGGUCGGCAAGGUUAAAGAGAUACCAGGUGUCCGACUACACGCCGAACGAGGAGUCACCUUCUGGCGCUUCAAUCUCGAAAUCGAACUAGGAUCUGUACAAUCGCGCGUCGCCUACAGAAUCAACCGUGGGCCUGCCAUCGGCUUCUGGGUUCCUGCAAAAGGCGAGAUGAUGAACAUCAUGUUCCACAGCUGCAAUGGUUUCUCUUUAAGUGUCGACCCGAAGGAGUUCUGCGGACCCGACCCGUUAUGGCGAGAUGUACUGAACAACCACCAGACUCGGCCCUUCCACGUUAUGAUUGGCGGAGGCGAUCAAAUUUAUAAUGAUGCUGCAAUGAGGCAGACCACAAUUUUCAAGGCGUGGACCGAGAGUCGGAAUCCGCUACAGAAGCAUUCGACCCCGUUUUCUACUGAAAUGCAACUUGAGCUUGAGCAAUUCUAUCUCGAUCGGUAUUCUAUGUGGUUCUCUCAAGGUUUGUUCGGAAUGGCCAACUCCCAGAUCCCAAUGAUCAAUAUUUGGGAUGAUCAUGAUAUUAUUGAUGGCUAUGGAUCGUAUCCCCACCAUUUCAUGGAAACAGCUGUUUUCACUGGCCUUGGGGCCAUCGCUUUCAAAUACUACAUGCUCUUCCAACAUCAAUCGGUCGUUGCUGAGACGGAGAAGACGGAGCCUUCGUGGGCUCUUGGCGCCCAUCCAGGACCGUACAUCAAAGAACAGUCCCGCAGUGUGUUCAUGUUUCUUGGACGCCCAAUAGCUUUCCUCGGCCUCGACUGCCGCACCGAGCGCCAGCGUGACGAAAUUAUGACUGAAGACUCAUACGACGUAAUCUUUGACCGCCUUGAAGCCGAAAUCAUUAAAGGAGAAACGAAGCACUUGCUCGUGCUGCUCGGCGUGCCGAUCGCCUAUCCUAGGCUCAACUUUUUGGAAAACCUUCUUACAAGCAGGUUGAUGGACCCUAUCAAAGCGCUCGGACGAGCAGGACUCCUCGGCAACUUCGUCAACAAGUUCGACGGUGGAGUUGAGAUAUUGGACGACCUUGACGACCAUUGGACAGCAAAACACCACAAAGAGGAACGGAACUGGUUUAUCCGCGAGUUGCAGCACAUCGCCUCGACCAAGUCUGUUAGAGUAACUAUAUUAGGAGGCGACGUCCACCUCGCAGCAGUCGGCCAAUUCUUCACGAACAAGAAGCUCAAUAUUCCGAAGGACAAGGACCAUCGGUAUAUGCCGAACAUUAUUAGCUCCGCAAUCGUGAAUACACCGCCACCUGAAAUGAUGGCGGAUAUUCUGAACAAACGGAACAAGAUACACCACCUUGACCCGUUCACAGACGAAGACAUGAUUCCUCUCUUCACUCACGAUGUCGAUGGCAAGAAGAGGAACAACACUCAUUUACUGCCCCGCCGAAACUGGUGUAGCCUACGAGAAUACAGACCGGGCCACACGCCUACUUCAACCCCAUCUCCUCCACCAUCGCCAGGUGCAGAAAGAGCCCCGGGGCUCCCUACAGCGCUUUCAGACUACACACCCGGCCAAAUGGUUCGAAGAUUGAGUAAUACUGGACGGCGAGGCCGAGAUCGUGGACCUCCUGUAGCCUACCACAACAACCCAGCCUACGCCGCCGCCGAGGAAGCUCAAAUCCCCCAAUCGUCCUUCUCCCCAGAACGCCCUCGAUCUCGUCGCAACUCUCUAACCAGUCUCUUUCGUCGUCGCGGUUCCGUGGAUUCGAUCAACCCACCCGGGUCUGCGCAUAGCCUGCCUAACCCUCGGAACCGGAAUUCAUUCGCCGCCUCAAACCGUGAUCCCAGCAUCUCUACGGAACCCCCGAACCCCUUCCAGCGGCGUCCGAGUGUUCUAGGCAAAAAUGGUAUGAAGAGAGAAGGCGCAUAUAUCAAUCUAGAAGAUGGACUUGAUAUAUGUCUCAACCUAGAGGUCUCUCAAAAAGACCCCUCAGGCAUAACUACGCCGUACCGUCUUCUUAUCCCCGCUCUCCACUACACUGAGCCAGACGCAGGGGUCAUUCAAAAGCAACGUCGGAAGACCCGAAUUGGCAGCGUUUUCAGUGUAUUCGGCGGUGGUCGAAAACACCGGACCGUUGGUGACGACGGCUACUCUCAUUCUGGCAGCGACCUGGAUGAAAGGUCUGAUGACUCAGGUGAUUUGGGAGAGGUAGAUGACGAGGAGCGCACAAGACAGAGGUACAAAGUCGGACCGCGCAUUCUCAUUCCCGGCAUAUCUAAAAAACGCACACCCAGUGUCUCCACAGCCUAUACUAACGUGCCCACCCCAGCAGAGGCAAUCGCAGCAGACCGCGCCGUCAGCGCACAGAGACACGAAGAAACGCUAAACAGACUUGUCUCUGCUUCCACCGCCACGCCAGACCGUCACGCUUCCGCUCCCCUCACAUCAGGCCUCCACACGCGCUCAGUGCAACAGCAUACAGUUUCCCAAUCUCAAGCCCAUCCUCCCAGCCUCACCCCCGGCUACCCUCCACAACCCACGCGCAAACCAGUCGGCAGUCAUAACUCCAGCCACAAAUCACAACUCCCCGCUGCAGCUAUGAAUCCCACGCCGAAACUCCCGCCUCCAGUGCCCGAACCAAAGGCCCAGAGGCGCAGCAUGGGCGGCAUCCUUGGACACCACCGCGGCGAACACUUCGAGCAUGAAGCCCACACUCUAGCGCACACCCCCAGUACAUCGCACCCCACUCCCCGACAAAAGAAACGCGAAUCAUAUCCCCCGCAUCCCGCGAUCGUAGGUGGGGGACCUGGAAGCCCUUACGCGAAGCCCGGCGGGAAGUAUGAUACAAGCGGGAGUGGAGACCGGAGCGGUGGGGAUUACUUUUCUGGUGGCGGGAGGACUGGAAAUGCAGGGGUUGGUGCGAGGUAUCUAGGUGGGGGACGAUAUGCCGAUGAUGAGGAUGAGGGUGUGAGUGAUGAUGGGAGGCACGCUUAUAGUGACGAGGAGGGGGAGUCUGUGCAUAGUUUUGCCCCUCCAAAGCCGAAAAGUACGGAUUCGUAG